ACAGAAUAUUACCCUGAUGAAAAGUGAAUAUUUAAACUUGAGACACAUCUAGUAUCCUGUGUAAUAGUGUCUAAUAAGCUAAAAAAGGAAAGGAUAUAUCAAGCAUUAAGUCUACAAUUACAUCAUCCCACCAUGUCAGCGAAGGGCUGUGGAAAUUCAGAAUCGGAUGUUUCAGCUGAAAAUUGUGUUGAAGUUAGGUCUGAUCUACUUCAAAAUGAAGUAAAGGAUUGGUUGUCAAGUCAUUGGUCAGGCAAAUCUGAUUUAGGCCCUAGUGAAAAGUGGGGCAUUUCUCUACUUAGUGAACCUUUUAAGAUUUGCACUUUGACGAAUCUUAUAUCUGAUCAUGCGUACUUGGAGAAACUGAAGGUUGAGCUACUUAGCUUAGAAUUCCAAAUGAAGAAUAAUGACUUAUACCAAUAUCGUCAGUCUGAAGAUCUUUUUGGUUUUGACUUGCCUGCUAUUAAUUCGUUCAGAUGCCUUCUAAAUAAUACCAUUCGACAAUGGCUAGAAGAUGUUACCAAUAUACAACUGAGGGAGAAAAUAUCUGCAAAUUGUUCAUGUUAUGAUGAUACAGAUUAUCUUCUCUGUCAUGAUGACCAGUGUGAGGAUAGAUGCAUAGCGUAUAUUUUUUAUCUGAAUCGUAACUGGACCGCACAUGAUGGUGGAGCAUUGCAACUAUUUAACACCAUGGAAACAGAGCCAGGAAAUAUUGUUAAAUCAAUAUUGCCACAAUUUAAUUCUUUUGUUUUCUUUGAGGUGUCAGAAAUAUCAUUCCAUCAGGUACAAGAAGUAUUUACGAUGGAUAGAACGAGAAUAACUGUGAAUGGUUGGUUUUAUGGUUCCAGAAAAAUUAAAAGAAGGGAGCAUAAGUUGGGAAACAAUGACUCUGUUACAGUUCCUCUGUUGCAGGUUGAAGAUUCGUUUUCCUCAAAUGUGAUAAACAGUGUAUAUUAUAGUGGUGAUGAAUUACUGAAAACACUUAAUUUACAUUUUGAGAAGACUAGCUCAAUCAUGCUGGAAGAUUUUCUCUGUAAAGAAUUUUAUGACAGUUGUUGUAAAGCACUUUCUAGAAGUACAGUAUCUUGGUUAAGAAAAAGACCUGUUAAUUAUUGGUUAUAUGAUACAGCAGAUGAGUCCACUCUGAGUUCUGAGGUACAAGGAUUACUUACACUUAUGAAAUCAGAAAAGCUGUUCCAGUUACUUUCCGUGUUGACAUGUCUAGAUCUCACAUGCAUUGGUAAGAUGAAGACAUCUUGUGACAAAACUAUCAAAGUUUCUGCUUGCUCAUAUGAAAUUAGAAGGUGGAAGUCAGGAUAUUAUUCAUUGGUAAAUGAUACAAGCUUUUCUAAAGAAAGCUUGUUAGAUGUCACACUUUACUUGAAUUGUGAGAACUGUAGUGAAUGUGGAGGAUCAACAGUGUACAUUUCUCCAGAAGAGGACGAAGAACUACUUUGUGCUUCUCCUAGACCUAAUUCUCUGUCUGUUACAUACAGAGAAUCAAAUACUGCUUGUUUUGUUAAGUACAUUAAUCAUAACUUCAGAGGUGAUUUCUACACAAUUAAUUUUUCUUGUGUGGAACAGGCUUGAAAUUCACCAGUUUGUUACAGAAUGUGUUUGAAUGUAAAGACAAUUAAUUGCCAGCUUUGUACUUCUAAGUAAAUAAACUAUGAAAUACAAAA